AUGACUCCCCCCGCUCGAGGCCGGGGAACCAGUCAACGCAGCCCGACCGUUCUGGUAACCGACUCACGCGACCAACAACAAGCCUCCACCCCCCGACGCCGCAGAUCCCCCGCGACUCGCUUCAUCACCGUCGACAAUGUCUUACAAUAUGCCUCCGACGUCCCGUCCAUGCAGCAGCGGCACCCGCCGCCAAUUUCGCGCUCGCGCAGACUUGCUUCGGCCAGCGGUUUGAUUGGUGGAGCAGGCAGUUCCACGACAUCUAAUAGCCGACUCGCUGCCCAGCCGCGCCUCCCACCACGCACGACGAAAGUUAGUGAGAAACUCGUGCUGUUGCCGGAUACUGGGGGAGUAGGCGAGCCAGACGAAGGCGAGGACGAUGAAGAUGAGGAUCAAGCGGAUGGCCAUGCUGAUCAAGUAGACGAGGAGCUUGUUGCGCGCAUCGCGCGUGAUAAGCACGUUGAGCCCGAGGCUGUGAGGCAGGCUCUCCUUGCGCAGAAACGGCUCAGUGUUGGGGACUUCUCGAUCGAUAAUGAUGUUGCGCCACUGAGGGCGGAUGAGGAGGUAAUUCGCAAGCGACGAACUCCUGAGCGCGCGAAGAGUUAUGCGGAGCGCUUGCCUAAGGCUAGGCGGACGGAGAAACUUGCGCGGGUUACAGCUUAUUGUACGGCGCAGGCGUAUAAAAUGGGGUCUGUCGCUUCGUUUGUGAAGGAGUGGCAUGGUGCUAGGACCAAGCUGUAUGAUGAUUGUUUGUACACAGCGUAUCAUUUGCCGCUUGUGCCAGGCCAUGAGGGAUAUCGGUUACGCAGUAGCCCCGUGUUGAAAUUCCCGGGCGGCAAGUCGCUACUGGAUGAGGAAAUUGAAAGGAAUGAGCAGAGAGACCAUCACGAUGACUGGAUGGGAGAGGCAGAGGAGCAUUCUGUCGGUGGUCGCAAUAGGCCAGAGGAAGAACAUCAUCAUGAAGCGUCACCACAAGACCCGGGUACUGCCUCGAGGGAGGAACAUCAUGAGUUCCUGACUCGGGUUUCUGAGGAGGAUGCGCGGCUUCAGGAUCGUACGCCCGAUCCGGAUGGCCAGUCGAGUGAAGAACACAAUCUGGACCUUCGACCUCGUCGUCGAAGACACAGCUCCGAUGAUGGUCAAGCUCUGAUGAGAGCUCGCUCGGCCUCCCCGGUCAAACCGUCGUCGUCCUCCAUGCCUGACCGGCCUGCACGAACCCUGUACAAUGUCGCCGAGAUGUUUGUUUUCAGCUAUGGUGUUGUGGUGUUUUGGAACUUUACAGAACGCCAGGAGAAGGAUUUAUUGGCGGAUCUGGCAUUCGCUACAUCUUCGGCUACUGGUACUCCUAUCCCACUGACAACCAUGCCUCUCCAUGAAGAGGAUUUCGAGACAGAGGAAUUUCAUUUCGAAUACUCGACUGAGAUCUCUCGGCCUCGCGUUUACAACGAUAUGAUCACACUCCGCAGUGGGGACCACAUGAUCAAACUAGCAAUCAGUCAUGGUAUCUCUCAGAGUACCAAGUUGUGUUUCUUUGAGGAGGUUAUGGCGCGUCAGAUGGCUGAUGCGAAGGAUGUACCACGAAGACUCGCUAUGACCGGUCAGCUCGGCAUGAAGCGUGAAGAGGUCUUCCGGAUUCUGGGACGACUUUUCAAGAGCCGAGUCGAGGUCAAUCUUUCAUCAAACAUGCUCGACGUUCCGAAUUUCUUCUGGGAAAGCGAGCCAACACUCUACCCCCUUUACAUUGCCGUCCGCGAGUACCUCGAAAUCAAACCUCGGAUCCAGGUUUUAAAUGAACGCUGCCGGGUGUUCCUCGAUCUAGCAGAGAUCCUCUCAGACUCCAUCGCUGACAACCGCACAUCUUAUCAAACAUGGGUUGUCAUCGUUCUCAUUGUCAUCUCCAUCCUCGUAACUCUCUCUGAAGUCUUCCUCCGUUUUGGCCUUCUCCACGCUAGUCAAGGCACAACGCCGGCCAGCAUCAUCGCCCGCGCAAUGGGACGCUCUCCUCCGUCCCCAUCCCCAUCUCCAGGCUGGUCCUACCCUAAUAUCCCGGCAGGAUGUAUCUGCCCCUCUCUUGCUCCGACCGGCGGGCCUGACAUGGGUGUCAGUGGCCUGAUGGGAGGCCUCUAG